AUGUCCCUCGAGCCCGCGGAGCUGUCCCCGCGGGAGGCUGCCGAGCUGAUCCUCAGCCUCGGCGGCGGACCCGCGGCGGGACGCGCCCGCGCCCCCGCGCCCCCACACGACACGCGCGCCCCGCGCGUUAAAGCGAAAGCGAAGAAGGACUUCCCGCGGGGAGGAGGAGGAGGAGGAGGAGGAGGGGAACGCGCGACGGGGACGCCGCGCCGCCCGCCCGGCGCGCCGAGACCCGCCCGUCCGCGAACGGACGAGCCCAUCGAUCCGUCGUCCGGAGGCUCGAUGAAACGGUCGAGGCUGGACCUCACGGAGGACCUGACGCGCGACGCGACCCCGCCCCUCCACCCUCCCGCCCCUUCGCCGCCAGUCGCGUCGCGUCCCGACGAACCCGAGCGCAAGCGCCAGCGCCGCGCGCCCGUACGCAUCCAACCCGACGUCGAGGACGACGCGCGGAUGGGCAACCGCGGCGUCCUCGGCCUCGAGCGGCUGUCGCGCGAGCAGCAGCGCGAGUUCUGGCGACUCGCGGCGCGCACAGGGGAAAGCGCGCGGGAAGAAGGAGAGGCGAAACUCUCGAAAGAAGAAGCCAAGGGCGAACACGCCGACGCCGACCAAAGCACCAAAGUCGCCGGCGUCGACCCAACACGAGCGCGGGGCAGGUUCCGGGGCGUGACCCGGUACAAGCGCACGGGCAGGUACGAGGCGCACAUAUGGGACAGGGGCAGGCAGAAGCACCUCGGGUCCUUCGCCGCCGCGACGGCGGCAGCGUCUGCGUACGAUAAGACGGCGAUUAAAUUCCGCGGCUGGGACGCGUCGCCGCUCAACUUCCCGGCGGAGUCCUACGCCGCCGACGACGAGUUUCGACGCGAUCUGGCGACUCUGACGAAGGGCGAGUUCGUGGCGAAGACGUGCGCGGCGGGAAGGGCGGGGCGCAGGGCGGGCGGCGGAGGUGGGGGCGAAGGACCCGAGGCGCCGUCGCCCCCCCCGAGGUCGACCCCCCCCGCGUCGGGUUUGUCCCCGGGGGGGCUCACGCUGGCGGAUGCGCUGGUCCGCGCGCAGAUGCUGGAGGACCCGGGGUGCGCGCCGAAGCCGCAGCACGUGCUCACGUUGGCGCCGCCGGGUGCCACCGCGGAAACCUCGCACUCGGGGUCCGAGUCCGAGUCUGGCGGGUCGGGGUCCGGGGCCGGGUCGGGGACAAACUCAGACAAGUCGGGGGCCGAUUCGGACUCACGCGACCCUCGACCCCUCGACCCUUCACGGAUCGUCGCGGUGGACCCCCCGAUUGGAUCGACACCCGUGGGCACCCCGUCGGCACCAUGGGUCGGCACCCCCUCGGCGAACCCCCCACCCCGCCGCGCGGACGUCCUCGCGCUCGCCCGCGCUUUCAUCGUCGGCGGCGUCGUCACCGCGGAGGUGGCGACCAACUUCCCCAGGGAGCUCCUCGCCGCGGCGUCGCGCGAGUUGGAGUUGGCGAACGCGCGCGGGCGGGCCGUGGGGUGCCGAGGGGGGUGCCGAGGGGGUGCCGACGACGACGGUGCCGUCGACGGGGAGGACGCGAACGCGCGUCUGUUGAACAAGGCGACGCGCGCCGCGGCAAAGGCGAUGGCGGAUUCGACCGUCGACGUCGCCGGAGCGCCCGCGGCUGAUCCCCCGGCGCCGCCCGCGACGUCGGCACCCCCAUCGGCACCCCAUCGGCACCCACCGAGUCCCCCGGGUCCAACUCGCGCGUCCCCGUGCACCCCCGCGCACCCCCCCCGCGCGCGCUCCAACGCCGGGUUCAAGCGAGGCGACACGUCGAGCUCGCACAAGGGCGUGACGCGGCACCGCCGGAGCGGCCGGUGGGAGGCGCACAUGUGGUCGAGGGAGCUCGGGAAGCAGCUGUACCUCGGGGGGUUCGACGCCGAGUGCGAGGCGGCGCGCGCGUUCGACGUGUGCUCGCUGAAGAAAUGGCGCGACGAACGCGGCGCGUCGUCGGCGGCAGCGGCGGCGGCGGCGACGGGUAACUUUCCCUUCGGCACCUCGAAAGCGCCGGGUCUUAACUUUCCUCCGGGGGAGUAUCGCGACCUCGUGCCGGCGCUGGACUCGAUGUCUCUCGAGGGCGUGAUCGCCGCGGUGAGGCAGGGGAAGCUGCGGGAGCAUCGCGCGUGA